AUGGCACAAGAAUUUAUCGAUUCAUUGAUCGGCCUGAUUUGUUCCCCAGAUCAACUGAAGGAGAAAGAUACUACCCCAGAAAUGAUGGCAACAGUAGCGUUUAAGGGGAUCGAUGAAUCAUGCAAUGCAUACACUCAGAUGUCAUUCAGCGAUCACACGACGAAACUAUUCGAGUGGAUGUCGUCGAUAUUGCAUCGUUCGUCGUCAUUAUAUGGCUCUGCUGAUGCAGGCUCUGAGCUUGAUGGUUCAUCAUGGUCAGCCAGCAAAUGCACAAUACGACGACGUUAUUUGGUUGCGUUGUUGGCCUUUUUUGGCUUUGCGAACAUCUAUGCGAUGCGUGCAAAUCUAUCAGUUGCAAUUGUACAAAUGACUUACGAUAGUCUGAAACCCGAAUUUGGUGAUUGGGAUUCGUUCAGUCAAGGAGCAAUACUGGGCGCGUUCUUCUACGGCUACAUUUUCACUCAAAUUCCCGGCGGUUAUUUAGCGCAUGCGUAUGGGGGUAAACUGGUAUUUGUAGCAGGUGUUUUUGGAACGGCAGCUUUCACGCUAAUUACUCCACCACUUGCACAUAUGGGUAAAGGAGUCACAUAUCCAGCGAUGCACGUAAUGUGGAGUCAUUGGGCUCCGUUAUUAGAAAAAACUAAAUUAACGUCAUUUGCAUUUUCGGGUUCCUAUUUUGGGACGGUGUUUGCGAUGCCCGUCUCAGCUUUAUUGGGCUAUCGUCUUGGAUGGCCAUUUAUUUUCUAUUUUUUUGUUUAUUUGAAGUUGAUCCCGUGGAGACAAAUUUUGACGAGUAAGGCUGUUUGGGCAAUAAUUGUGGCACAUUUUUGUGAAAACUGGGGUUUUUACAUGAUGCUGACGAGUUUACCACGUAUACUUGAAGAUCUCAUGGAGUAUCAGUUGGAAAAGGCUGGUUUCUUCGCAGCUUUGCCUUAUCUAAUGAUGGGUAUCAUAUUGGUGAUUGCUGGCAGUUUGGCGGAUGUUUUGAGAGACCGUUACGUUUGGUCGACCGAAAAAACACGAAAAUAUUUUUGUUGCUUCGGAUUCGUAGGACAGGCGAUAGCGAUUAUGUUAGCAACCACUCAUAUAUCAGCAAAUUUUGUGAUGUUAUCAAUCAUCAUUUCAAUUGGUCUCGGUGGUUUCCCAUGGAGCGCAUUUUCAGUGAAUCAUUUGGAUUUAGCACCACAAUAUGCUGGCCAUUUGAUGGGUUUAUCGAAUACGAUCGCCACUCUACCGGGCAUGAUUUGUCCACUUAUCGUUGGUGUUAUUGUUUCUGAACAUCUCGAGUAUUGGGCAUCUGGACAAUCUGCUUUCACGAGCACAUUCUCGGAUUGA